CCGACGGUGCCAACCCACUGAAAACGGGUGAUCCGAGCGAAGCUUCCUUCCCGACACUUUCUCUAUCUUUCUUUCUUCGUUUCCUCUUAUCACAUCUUAUUCACAAUCUCUCUCUCUCUCUCUCUGAAAUUGAACGCCCCGAAUCCGCCGAUUCCUCCCGGCUCCUGCCCUAACGAUUGCUUGCUUGUUCCUAUGUCAGGUACCUCCAAACUCGAUUCAUCUUCUCUUACUUCUCUUUUGUAGAAUUACACAUUAAGCCUAACCGGCUCGCUCUUAAUAUUGUUUUCCAUUUUUUACCCCUUUGCCUUCCUUCAAUUUUUGGUUGGAUUUUUAUCGUCCAAUUCUCGUUCUAGAUUUCAAUCUUGCCCUUCUAAUCGAGGGAUUUGGGAGUUGGCUUCUAGUGUGCAGUUCUCUGUUCUAGGGUUUGCUCGAAUUGGGGGUUUUCUUUGGUGGGAGUUAAUUUUGUUUAGAUUGACAGAUAUUGUUGUCAGGUUCAAGCUCUGUUAGGGUUCCGAUUCUUGAACUGUUUGGAGCCAGAGGGAUCUGGGAUUAGGUACUUUAGGUGUAGGGUUAUAACUUUUUAUGGAAUUUGAAUGCGACAAAGCUACUGAGGUUGAUUUGUCAAACCAUUUGGUGCAUUCUGAGGAUAGGACUUCGGGGGAACAAGUUGAGUUCGACCGUCUUGGCUUCCGGAGUGAGAAAAAUAAUUUGAGGCCUGGGUCCAAAAUAGAAAUUGAAUCUGGAAAACCAGAACUCGAUAAAGAAUUUCAUCCCAAUAGGGGGGAUGUCACCUUGUGUGGUGGGAAACUGUUGCCUGGUCAUGAGGCUUUGUCCAACCAUGCUCUGUCCUUCACUGACCUUCCUUUCGCAUUGAUAUCUAAAAUAUUUAAUUGCCUUGACCCAAAGGAGCUUGGUGUGGCUUCCUGUGUAUCAACAUCUUUCUAUAAACUUGCAUCUGAACACCAAGUUUGGAAGGAAUUCUAUUGUGAGAGAUGGGGGCAACCCAUAGCCUCAGCCCAUUUGGGGUCGGAAUAUUCAGUCGAGAAAACAUGGAAGGAGCUCUUUGUAGAGAAGGAAAUUCGGAGCAAAACAUUUAUGGGGCGCUAUAACAUUGAUGUUCUAUAUGGUCAUACUGAAGCAGUUCGUGCAGUUUUUCUUUUGGCUUCUAAGAAGCUCAUUUUUACUUCCGGGUAUGAUUCAAUUGUUCGAAUGUGGGACAUGGAAGAAGGGUUGGCAAUUGCAUCAUCUCGGCCACUUGGCUGUACUAUCAGAGCAGUUGCAGCGGAUGCCAAACUUCUGGUUGCUGGGGGCACUGAUGGUUUCAUACAUGGAUGGAAGGCAGAUGAAGAUCUACCAUAUUUGUUCAAUCUGAGGGGUCCUCCGAGUCAGAAUACUUGCUUCCGACUUUGGGAGCAUGAAGGGCCCAUAAGUUGUCUUGCACUGGAUCUGACUAGAAUUUUUAGUGGCUCUUGGGAUAUGACCGUACGUAUUUGGGACCGUUCCACAUUGAAGUGCCUGAGGGUUUUGAGGCACAGCGACUGGGUUUGGAAUCUUGCCCCUCAUGAUAGCACUGUUGCUGCUGCAGCAGGAUCUGAUGUGUAUAUUUGGGACUGCAAUACUGCGAGUCAAAUUACUGUUGUUAAUAGUGCUCAUGUUGGUUAUACAUAUUCUUUGGCUCGAAGCCAUACUGGGAAGCUCCUCUUCACUGGGGGAGAAGAUGGGGCCAUUCACAUGUUUGAAAUACGCAAUCAUUGUCUGGAGAGCAAAUUCCAGCAGGUUGCAACAUGGAUUCCUCACUCUGGUCCCGUAAAUUCUCUUGCAUUUGAGUUCCCGUGGCUUGUUUCAGCUUCCGCUGAUGGAAAGCUUGCGCUUAUCGACGUGCGGAAGCUGUUAAAGACUAGCAGGCAUUCUCCAACGGGGAAACCAAAAAUUAAUCAUGCAGACCAGAAAAAUUUUGAGCCUCCCCACAGAAUGCUUCAUGGGUUUAGCAGCAAUUUGUUUUCAGUGGACAUUGGUUCUGAUCGUAUUGUCUGUGGAGGUGAAGAAGGUAUUGUCCGAAUCUGGAACUUCUCAGAAGCUCUGGAGAUUGAGAGGAGGGUCCAUGCUCUGAGGGCCAUGCGAUUGGAGAACAGGAUGAGGAGGCGCAAGCACCAAAUAGAUAUGAGCCGCAAGGGUAGCCGUGCUGAUCAAUGUUCUGUCGCAGCAAAGAAGAACCCCAUGAACAGUGACAGAACUGGUGCGUGGCAUAGCAAGCGUGGAGUGAGCGGCAAGCUUAAGGCGUAGAGUUGGAUCAAAGCCAGCCUUCCUUGCGUUGCAUUUUAUAUACUAGUACUGUAUUGCAAAAUAUUCCAUGGCUUAAGCAGGCUACAUAGCUUUCAACAGUCUUUGAUUAACAAAUUGGGAUCUUAUUGGAAUAUUGAUUUGAUUUUAGCAUUUGGCGUUGGGUCAAAGAUGUGUUGGUUUACCUUGUCAUACCUGAAAUCUUUUUCCUCUAUUAUGAAAAAUUUUCAUUGAUGCAUUUCUCGCGUCC